UCAAAUAAAUAUCCGUUUUUGAGAGCGCGUUUGUAUAAUUUUCCAAUACGAACUAUUCGAUACGACACACGAGUUAUUUGUUUUGAUACGAUAGCUAUUAAUAACGCGGUAGUUGCAUUGUGAAUAAUUUAGUUAAUAAUUGUUUACGAUAACUUUUAUGUGAAAAAUAAAGUAAAAUGCCUCUAAAUACAAAACUGUUGUUGCCCGCUGCAUUGGGACUGUCCAUCGUCACAGUGACUGCUUUCGUGGCUUAUUACAUAUUUAAAAAGGAAGAAGAAGAAACAAGUGAAAAGACGGUGAAAGCACCAAAAUUAAACACAAUUGAAGUGUCUGUACCAAAAAGCAUUGUUCCUGCAUUAAUUGGUCGAAAUGGCUCUAAUAUAAAGGAUAUAGAGAGUAAAUCAGGUGCAAUGAUCCAUUUCAAGAAGUUCAGUGACAAGGAGUAUGAUGUAUGCAUCAUCAGGGGUCGGGGUCAAGCCACGCAGAUAGCGGAGACAAUUAUACAAGACUUCAUAAAACAACAGCCAGUUAUUGAGACAGAUACAAUGUUGGUGCCGGGAUGGGCUUGUGGCAGGAUUAUAGGCACCGGAGGUGAGAAUAUAAACAACAUAAGUCACAGAAGCGGCGCCCGAGUGAAGAUCGAAGGUUCACCAUCUGCAGAGAGCAGCACCCAGCGGCAGAUCUCUUUCCGCGGUACAAAAGAGCAGAUCCAGGUUGCCAAGGAUCUGAUAGAGAACUGUGUUGCGCAGGAGAAAUGCCGUCGCGAAAUAGAACAAUCAAAGAGGACACCUCGGGUCACUAUUCCACCACCAUCGGAACCUCAACCUCAGGAGUCCCCAGGUAGACCGGCCCUCAGACAUGCAAAGUGUAAGCCUGAGGCGAGCAGUUCCUCAAUCGAGGUGUAUGUGUCAGCGGUAUCUUCUCCGUCGAGGUUCUGGGUGCAGUUCGUGGGUCCGCAGGUGGCACAGCUGGACAAUCUCGUCGCACAUAUGACAGAAUAUUACUCUAAUAAGGAGAAUAGAGCUGCACAUGCGCUGCAGACAGUAAGUGUGGGGCAAGUGGUGGCGGCGGUGUUUCGUCAUGACGGGCGCUGGUACCGCGCUCGAGUUCACGACAUACGACCCAAUGAGUUCGACGCUACUCAUCAGGUGGCGGAUGUGUUCUUCUUAGAUUACGGCGACAGUGAAUACGUCGCUACACAUGAGCUCUGUGAACUUCGCGCUGAUUUACUUCGGCUCAGGUUUCAGGCAAUGGAGUGUUUCCUAGCUGGUGUGAAGCCUGCAGGUGGCGCUGAGCGCUGGAAUUCGCAAGCUAUCGAACGAUUUGAAGAAUUAACACAGGUGGCCCGUUGGAAGCCUCUACUGUCCAAGACGUGUACGUACAAGAAGUCAGUCGCUAUGGUGGGAGAUAAAGAGAAGGAGAUACCCGGAAUCAAAUUGUUUGAUGUCACUGAAGAAGGCACUGUGGAGGUGGGCGAAGCGCUGGUGGAGGAGGGGUGGGCGGAGCGCAGCGCUUCGCCCCGCCCCUCGCCGCCCCCCGCACGCGCCACACCCAACACCCCCUUCGGAGACCUCGGCAACUCCAGAGUGCUGGGCAUGUUGCCGAGUACCCGCUCUUCCUCCUUGCCCAAAGACCACAAGGAUGAUCGCAGCGAGGAUCAAACGCCGGAACUAGUCAAAGAUCUAACACCGAUAUCGCCGUCGAAAUCUCUAUCGUCAGGUUUAGAGACGUCUGACAAAUUAAAAUCUAUAUCCAAUUUUGAUUUAUCAUAUUCCGAAUUCGGUAAACCUUCACAAAAUGGUUCCGAUGAAGAUUUUAUUAAUAAAGAAAGAAGUAACAUGGAAUCAGACAUUUCAUCAGUUCCCAGCACACCGUCGUUGAAGACGAGAGAUGAAUUCAAAGCGAAUAUGAACAGAAUCGACUCUCAUCAUAAUAAUUUGGAGGCGUUAGGUCGGUCGCAACAUUAAUUAUGUUGUCUAAUGCGUUUUCAUUGUAGCAAUAUACAAAAAACAUAUAACUCAGUUGACAUAUGUAUUU